CUGUGCGGGUACGAGCCGUUUUUCCGGCAGCAGUGGCGGAGGAAUGGAAUCAGCCGUGGAGCUGUAGCCUGGGGUGGGGAGGGGGGAGAGAGUAGAUGUGUGUCCGUGUCAGGGAGGUAAAGACGAAAGCCUGGCCGACUGUGCAGGGACGAAAACCAGGGAGAACACGUCCGGGCGCAAUUUGGCUUAUUCUUGGUUAUUUAAAGCUAGCUAGCUGAUGUACCUAAAUAAUUACAGCGGAGAGGCGGAGCACGACGGGAUAAGCCUUGGCGCGCAGCUGUAGCGCCGCAUCAGCCGCUUUCUGAGCCCAGCGCCGUGUCUUCCUGACGAUGGGAAACGCAGCUACGGCCAAGAAAGGCAACGAGCUGGAGAGCGAGACUUUUGUGAAAGAGUUCUUAGCGAAAGCCAAAGAAGAUUUUUUAAGAAAAUGGGAGUGUCCACCACAGAGCACAACUAUUCUAGAUGACUUUGAGAGGAUAAAAACCCUGGGCACUGGCUCCUUUGGAAGAGUAAUGCUGGUUAGACGUAGAGGAACAGAUCAGUACUACGCCAUGAAGAUUCUGGACAAACAAAAGGUGGUGAAGCUGAAGCAGGUAGAACACACGCUCAAUGAGAAGAGAAUCCUGCAGGCGGUGUGCUUUCCGUUUCUCGUCCGUCUGGAGUACGCCUUCAAGGACAAUUCCAACGUGUACAUGGUAAUGGAGUAUGUGCCAGGCGGGGAAAUGUUUUCCCAUCUUAGGCGAAUUGGAAGGUUCAGUGAACCACAUGCAAGAUUUUAUGCAGCUCAGAUUGUUUUGACAUUUGAGUACCUCCAUUCAUUAGACCUUAUCUACAGAGAUUUAAAACCAGAAAAUCUUCUUAUCGAUCAACAUGGGUAUAUUCAGGUCACGGACUUUGGGUUUGCCAAAAGAGUAAAAGGCAGGACGUGGACACUGUGUGGGACACCUGAGUAUCUUGCCCCCGAGAUCAUCCUCAGCAAGGGCUACAACAAAGCAGUGGACUGGUGGGCUCUGGGAGUUCUCAUCUAUGAAAUGGCAGCCAGCUACCCUCCAUUCUUUGCAGAACAGCCCAUCCAGAUAUAUGAAAAAAUUGUGGCUGGAAAGGUACGAUUUCCUUCUCACUUUAGCUCAGAUCUGAAAGACCUCUUGAGGAAUUUGCUUCAGGUGGACUUGACCAAACGAUUUGGCAAUCUGAAAAAUGGCGUCAAUGACAUUAAAAAUCAUAAGUGGUUUGCCACAACAGACUGGAUCGCCAUCUAUGAAAGAAAGGUAGAGGCUCCUUUCAUACCAAAGUGCAGAGGCCCAGGAGAUACAAGCAACUUCGAUGACUAUGAAGAGGAGGACAUCCGCGUGUCCAUCACAGAAAAAUGUGCAAAGGACUUUUCCGAGUUUUAAUGUCAGACCUGGGAUUCUAUCAGGGCUCGGGCUUUUUUGCACUUCUUAGACAGGGUGGAACUGACAUCUCAUCACAGGACCUCCAUUUCACAGGGUCAGUGGUCUAUAAGUGCAGUUAGGACUCUCAUACACCGACACAUCCAAUCAGACACCCCCUAGUGCUCUGACACGAAGGCUGCACUUUUUUCCUCACUGUCUUAAAUGUCAUUCUUCCCCCCCUUUUUUUUUUAAUAGAGUGGUGUUUUGCAGAAAAGGAAAUGUGAAACUAAUUAAAAUACACACAAUGAACCCUUUUUAUACAGCACUUAUUGCACUUGUUAAUUUGAACUGAAGAAUGGACAUUUCUUCAGUUAAAUUCAGCCCCAUCUUCUGGCCUUUUAUAUGUUUGUUUUUUUUUUUUAGUACGUUUAAUAUAAAUACAGUUCUAACUCAAAAUUAUCUUGACUCUUUGGCAUCUUUAUAAGUUGUACUUCUUUUUGGGGUCAUCUAAUUUUGAUGAAAUAUGAUUUUUAAGAUUUUUAGAUUUUGUGCAUCAGAAAAUUUCUGAGCCCUCUCCCGCUGAAUUGUACAUUUGUAUUAUUGUAUAUUGGGUAUGUUCAGCUGUAAAUAGAAAAUCUCUUUAGAGACAAUUGAAAGCGAAGGUGUUUAUUCGUAGGUAUUUGGUAGAGUAUAGUUGGACUGAGCAUGUGUACAUGUAUGUUAACAAAUUCACUCUGUUAUGAGUCUCAAGGGAUAUUUCAAUUGCCAUAUUUUCACGUUUGAGAUUUCCUUCUGUCUUUUUGAGGAAAAAAAUCUUGCGACAGUUGGUAGGUUUGUAUAUUAAACGGCUCUACUUUAAGACAUCGUACCCCAGAUUACAAUCACUUCCACAUACCGAAGCAACACACAUGAUCGGCAUCUCUGAUCACAUGUAUUGUCUUUGUUCAUUUCAGCACUGAACUGUUGUUUGUAUUUAUAUACAUAUUAGGGAACUGUCUAAUAAGUGUAAUUUUAAAAUAUUUAAAAUGGCAUAGUUCUCCACAUUUUGGAAGACUUCCUAUUAUCUCAUUAAAAACUUUAGGAUGUAGCCAUCAUAUCCUUGUGUGUGUGUGUUGGUUGGGCGUAACUGGUGACAUUUUGUCCUGAAUAAUAAGACUAUCCUUAGACAAAAUGAAUAUGUAUAAAUUUGAAAAAUAGUACUCGUUAUUUAUAUUUGUUAGUUUUGUUAGUGCGAGCCCUGCUAUAGAUUUUUAUUGGACUUGGUUUUAUUGCAAGGCUGACACUGACACGACAUAUUUCAUCCACCCUUUUGACUUUGCAAGAGAUGUAUGUUUUGCCGUAGCAGAUUCUGUGUAAUGAAAGAUCUACUUGUCAUUAAAAAAUAAGAAAGUUCUUUGUUAAAA